GCUCUGGACGCCCCGCGGGGCCGGGGCGGCCACGACGGCUCCGAGCGGCCGGCCUUCUCCCCCCCGGGCCAUGGAGUACACGGCGUCGCCCAAGCCCCAGCUGUCCUCCCGGGCCAACGCCUUCUCCAUCGCCUCUCUCAUGGCCAGCGGCGGCCCCAGGGACAAGGAGACCCCCGACAGCACCAUCAAACCCCUGGAACAAUUCGUGGAGAAAUCCUCCUGCGCCCAGCCCCUGGGCGACCUGUCCGGCCUGGACUUCGGCGGCCCGGGGGUCCCGGGGGUCCCGGCCAGCGGAGCAGGGGGCAGCAGCCCCGCCGCGCCCCGCACCGAGCCCCUGAUCCCCGCCGCCCCCGCCGUGCCCAGCGAGGAGAUGGCCCGGAUCGGCUGCAGCCUGGAGACCAAGGACCUGUGGGACAAGUUUCACGAGCUGGGCACCGAGAUGAUCAUCACCAAGUCCGGGAGGAGGAUGUUUCCCACCAUCCGGGUUUCCUUUUCGGGAGUGGAUCCCGAAGCCAAGUACAUCGUCCUGAUGGAUAUCGUCCCUGUGGACAGCAAGAGAUACCGUUAUGCUUACCACCGCUCCUCCUGGUUGGUAGCCGGAAAGGCGGAUCCUCCUCUUCCAGCCAGGUUAUACGUGCAUCCUGAUUCUCCCUUUACAGGAGAGCAGUUACUCAAACAGAUGGUGUCUUUUGAAAAAGUGAAACUCACCAACAACGAGCUGGAUCAACAUGGGCAUAUCAUUCUGAACUCAAUGCACAAGUACCAACCUCGGGUGCACAUCAUUAAGAAGAAGGACCACACUGCCUCCCUGCUCAAUCUGAAGUCUGAAGAGUUCAGAACCUUCAUCUUUCCAGAGACCGUUUUCACGGCUGUUACCGCCUACCAGAAUCAGCUGAUAACCAAGCUGAAAAUCGACAGCAACCCUUUUGCCAAAGGAUUCCGGGACUCGUCCAGACUCACUGAUAUUGAGAGGGAAAGUGUGGAGAGUCUUAUUCAAAAACAUUCCUAUGCCCGAUCCCCAAUCCGUACAUAUGGAGGAGAAGAGGAUGCUCUGGGAGAUGAGAGCCAGACAACGCAGAGCAGAGGAUCCGCCUUCACUACAUCUGAUAAUCUGUCCCUCAGCUCUUGGGUGUCCUCUUCAUCCAGUUUUCCCGGAUUCCAGCCGCCACAACCCCUGCCAGCCCUGGGCACCGGUACCGCUUCCCUGGCCACACCCAUUCCUCACCCCAUCCAGGGCUCGCUGCCGCCGUACAGCCGUCUCGGAAUGCCCCUCACCCCUUCGGCCAUCGCCAGCUCCAUGCAGGGGAGCGGGCCGACGUUCCCCUCUUUCCACAUGCCCCGCUACCACCACUAUUUUCAGCAGGGGCCUUAUGCAGCUCUGCAGGGACUCCGCCAUUCCUCUGCAGUGAUGACACCGUUUGUAUGACUGGCCAAAGUGGGGAGAGGAGGAGGAUCCAGGUUUAGAAUGUGCAAAUUUGUUCUGAAACUAAAGGCCGGGGUGGAGUGGGGGUGGGAUACUCUCCUUGAGGAUUGGGACCCAUUCAAGAAGAGAGCUGAACGCCUAAUAAAGCAAGCGCUAGCCUCAAGCAGUGUGGAUUGUGGACAGGGAUUCUUCUGGGGAGGGGAAGGGCAGUUUCUCUUUGGGUUCAGCAAGAACGGACCUGCCUUGAAGUUAUUAGAAGACCUGGGCCUUGAGGAAACCACGAGAAGCCAGAUUUUCUAGGGGCACGUGGUUUCUGAGUUGCAUGAGAUGCCGUUGAUGCAGAAAUGGACAGAUUCGAUGUGUAGGAGCGUUUUUUUCUGGUUUCACUAGUGUAAAGAAUCUUGAAAGAGGUAAUGCUGUCUCCACUCUGCUGUAUUCAGUACUGUGUCACUCCUUACACGUAGCAAA